ACAAAGUACAAAGGUUUUAACGAUGGCUCAGGUGCCAAGUAAAAAUGAUCAAAAAUAAACCGCAGAAUCUAGGUGAAUUCAGCCCAUAUAACCCGUUUGUUUCUGUUCCCAUGUAUCCGAGUCUUACAGGAGCGGGAGGGCCUCUUGACAUGUGCACUCCUCAGCCCCCACCCUACCAACUCCCACAGCAGCCCAUCAUGAACGCGCACGCCGUGAACGCGCCAGCACCAGUAGCAGCACCAACAGCAGCUGUGCCCACAGCAGCAACAGGAUAUGAUCUGAGACACGCACCUCCGAAAGAAGAAGUGCCAGGGGUCGUGGUCACUCGUUCACAGAAGCAUGCCCUCAACGCUGUGCCAAAGGCACUGGAGGACAUUUCUUUCCCCCCCCCCCAUGUCCACCUCCUCUCCCUGCUCCCCAAACAACACUUUAUUUAUACACAAAAGAAGCCUUCAACAACUGGAGAGGCAGAGGAAGGAGAGGAAACAAGGGACGUGGAAGAUGUAACUUUAACAGCACACAACAUACAUCCUCAAAUGUAUGUUUCAACUGCGAAAAAGAUGGACACUGGGCAAGAGACUGUCGCCUACCGGACAAACGUCAGAAGAACAAUCAUGAUGGCAAUGAUGGUCGAGACAGCAGGAACCAAUACCAUGGUUCAGACUGACUUCAAGAAGGAGGGGAGGGAUGUGCACGUGGGGAGGAGACGACCUCCGCUCCGCCAACUCAUCAUGAUAAGGGAAGUAAAACACACACACACACACACACACACCGCCGCCUGCAAUGAAGAAACGCUUCCUGCACUAACCUCACACAUACACACACACACACACACACACACACAGGAGCAACAACAAGCUCUCAUUGACAUCAUAAAACAUUUAGAGAAACAACAAAAGCCUUUUCUUACACACACUUAUGCAAAAUUGUUAGAAGGUUCUUUUAAAGAUAUGCCCACUGCUAUGGUUGAAAUACAAGGGAAACAAUUAUCUUUUUUAGUUGAUUCAGGAGCAACACACUCUGUGAUACAACAAAAGCAUUUUCCUAAUCAAAAGUUGAGUGGCAGACAUGUUUAUUCUCAAGGGGCUUCAGGGUUAACAGUUGUUGAAAACUUCACCACACCUAUGACGAGUACACACACUGACUCAACUGACGCUGAACCUGACAUAACGACGAAACAUUCAUUUCUGUUGUCCUCUCUCUGUCCCAUUAAUCUAAUGGGCAGAGAUCUCAUGUGUUCUUUUGGCAUCAGCCUUAUCUCUACUCCCACAGGAUUGCGGGUAGUAAGACAAAGAAUAGUCACUCAGAUGGUGAAAUCAACCCUUUGUGAUCCUCUGUUUGUGUACCAGUGGUGGAUCCCUGUUGAUGCGCUAACACACCUGUCUCGUCUGACUGCAGAACGCGUCCAGGCUGGAGCACAGUGCAUGGCCUCUUCACAUCUCCAUUGUACAGCACAUGUGUCACAUGAGCCAGAUAAAUCAUAUGAACAGUUGUUUCUGCAGGAUUUAAAUGAUUAUAUUCAGUGUUCUACACUGUUUUGGUCUACAUUUAAAUCUGCUGUUUCUGUUUCUCUCACCUCCUCACAGCAGCCCCUCUUCCAGGUGCCUGGUUCCUUCCCACACAUCUCCUUGUCCAAAGCCACGAUGGACCAGUGGAGAGACUUGGGUCCUUUUGUCGCCACGUGUGAGACACUGACAGAUUGGCAGUCUACAGCUGACCCAACCAUCAUGCGCUCUCAUUCGACAGGCUUCUUUAAACAACCAUUUGCAUUUUCCACACCUGCUCUAAGAUCUAUUUAUGUCAUGGAUGAAAAUAACACAUUACCUGACGCACACACUGACAUGUUUGUGACUGAUGUCUCCUCUAUUUCCCCUGCCCUCAGCUCUGUUCCAGCAACAUUGUGGGCAUCGCAUAAAUAUGACGUGGGACUCAUCAAAAACUGCCAUCCUAUGGUCAUCACACCUCGCUCAGACUUCCGUCCACAUAAACAUCAAUACCCACUGCGCCAAGAGGCCAUUGACGGUAUUACACCAAUGUUCAACUCCCUCUUACAGGCCGGGGUCAUUGUUCCAUGUCCUGACUCUCCGGUAAGAACACCUAUUUUUCCUGUUAAAAAGAUCAGAGAUGCAGACAAACCAACAGAGUGGCGCUUUGUGCAGGACCUCAAAGCAGUUAAUGCAGCCGUCCACGCACGAGCCCCAAAUGUCCCCAACCCAUACACCAUUAUGGUACAGGUUCCACCUGAUUCUCAAUGGUUUUCGGUGGUUGAUUUCUCAAAUGCUUUUUUCAGUGUCCCAGUGGACAAAGACAGUCAGUUCUGGUUCGCAUUUAAUUUUAAUGGCAAGCCAUACACUUUCACUCGUUUAUGUCAGGGCUACACAGAAUCACCUACUAUUUACAACGAAGCACUCAGGGAAAGCUUAGAGAGCCUCACUCUGUCUCCAGGGUCCGCUCUUCUGCAAUAUGUUGACGAUUGUCUCAUUGCAGCUCCAACACAACAACAAUGCCAGCAGGACACACUCAAACUUCUUAAACAUCUUGCAGCAGAAGGACAUAAAGCCAGCUUAUCUAAACUACAGUUUGUUUCACAAAACGUCCAUUUCCUAGGUCAUGACAUUUCCGGUAAAGGCAAAACACUCUCGCCAAAACGCAUUGCCUCAAUUGUGACACUUCCAAAACCUCAAACAAAGAAACAAAUGAUGUCAUUUUUAGGGAUGUGUUCUUACUGUCGUUCAUUUAUUCCAAAUUACUCUCAGCUUGAACAACCUCUCUCUGCAUUGAUACACGGGAAAAAUCUCACCGCUCAUGACAAAAUUCAGUGGCUCCCAGCAGCCUCAAAAGCUUUCACAGACAUGAAAUGCGCCUUACAGACUCCACCCACUCUCGGUCUGCCUGAUCCAAAAAAGACGUUCACUCAAACAGUUGAUGAACGUUCCAGCUGUAUGACAUCGGUACUCUUCCAGCCUCAUGGUGAUAAAUUGCGUCCUGUCGCAUAUUUCUCCGCCAAACUCUAUCCUGUCGCUGCAGGUUUACCACAGUGUCUCCGCGCAGUGGCUUCUGCAGAAAGGGCUCUUAUAGCCUCUCGUGACAUAGUGGGCUAUGCUCCACUAACUUUACUAGUUCCACACUCGGUUUCGUUAAUUCUCCUAGAACAGAAAUCUUCUCACCUUUCUGCAGCACGUUACCUACGUUAUCACACAUGUCUCCUUGACAUGCCUAAUGUCACGGUUAGACGCUGCAAUGUUCUUAAUCCUGCAUCUCUACUCCCCAUCCCUGAGGACGGAGAGGAGCAUAACUGUUUGGCUGAGCUCCAAGCUCAGUGCACUCCUCGUCCUGACCUCUCGGACACACCUCUACUCAACAGUGACUGGGUAAUGUAUGUUGACGGAUCUGCUUCACGGGAUCCCUUGACUGGUACUAAUCUUGUGGGUUUCUGUUGUUUCAGACUCAGCUGUUCUCUGUUCCGGACCUCUCCCGUGUCACCUCUCAGCCCAAGCAGCAGAGCUAAUCGCACUCACAGAAGCUUGUAAACAGGCAAAGGCCAUGCAGUCACUCUCUACUUCGGAUGAGAGACGCCUCUGGUCCUCCUCCAACUCCACACUCACUGACGGUACUUGGUAUGGUCCGAACGGUAACCCUUGUUUACCUAAACAUUUCUU